GGUGGGGUCUCUCUCCAUGGGGAUGAUUUUCUUCUGCUGCCCAAUAGUCAGCGUCUUCACGGAUAUAUUCGGAUGUCGGAAGACAGCUGUCGUGGGCGCCGCCGUUGGAUUCAUCGGACUCAUGGCCAGCUCUUUCGUCAGCUCCAUCGAGCCUCUGUACUUCACCUAUGGCAUCAUAUUCGCCUGCGGCUGCUCCUUCACCUACCAGCCCUCGCUGGUCAUCCUGGGCCACUACUUCAAGAAGCGCCUGGGCCUGGUGAAUGGCAUCGUCACGGCCGGCAGCAGCGUCUUCACCAUCCUGCUGCCCCUGCUCCUGCGGGUUCUCAUCGACAGUGUGGGCCUCUUCUACACCCUGCGGAUCCUCUGCGUCUUCAUGUUCAUCCUCUUUCUGGCUGGCUUCACUUACCGGCCUCUUGUUCCUAGGACCAAAGACAAGGAGAGUGGAAGCAGCGGAGCCUCCCUCUUUUCCAGGAGAAAGUUCAGUCCCCCCAAAAAGAUUUUCAAUUUUGCCAUCUUCAAGGUGACAGCGUACACGGUGUGGGCAGCUGGAAUCCCGCUGGCGCUUUUCGGAUACUUUGUGCCUUAUGUCCACUUGAUGAAACAUGUGAACGAAAGAUUCCAAGAAGAAAAGAACAAAGAGGUGGUUCUCAUGUGCAUUGGCAUCACAUCAGGGGUCGGCCGGCUGCUCUUUGGCCGGAUUGCAGAUUACGUGCCCGGUGCCAAGAAGGUGUACCUGCAGGUCCUCUCGUUUCUCUUCAUUGGUCUCAUGUCCAUGAUGGUUCCCCUGUGCAGCGUCUUCGGGGCCCUCAUCGCCGUCUGCCUCAUCAUGGGCCUCUUCGACGGAUGCUUCAUUUCCAUCAUGGCUCCCAUCGCCUUUGAGCUUGUUGGCGCCCAGGACGUCUCCCAAGCGAUUGGCUUUCUGCUGGGAUUCAUGUCCGUGCCCAUGACGGUGGGCCCACCCGUGGCAGGGGAUGAGUGUGGCUAUCCUGGGACCCACGUUUCCAGAUCUGGCGGCAAACGUGAACCGGAACAUCAGUAGUCUGUCUUUAAUCUUUGUGGGCCGUGCCUUUGGAUAUUUGAGCGGCUCUGUGAUUGGUGGAGUUCUUUUUGACAUC